UCGACAGAGGGAAGCGAGGGCAGGAAGGCGUCUCAAAUUUCGACGAAUUCCAAUUUCCUGCCAUUUUUGAAAUUGAGGGGAGGUCCUCCACCCGACUGCUUCACAAUCUUCCAUCCUUUGAUUCAUGUCCUAUGCAAUAGCAUUUUCUUGAGGUGAAUACCGAAGUAAAGGAUAAACCACAACUUCUUUUUGUUCAUCAGCUAAAUCUGUGAGAUGGCUGAGAAAGCAUGUGUAAUGCGUCUUCAAAAGGAAUAUAGAGCACUUUGUAAAGAACCUGUUUCCCAUAUAGUUGCGCGGCCUUCCCCAAAUGACAUUCUUGACUGGCAUUAUGUAUUGGAGGGGAGCCAAGGAACGCCUUUUGCAGGUGGAUUUUACUAUGGAAAAAUAAAGUUCCCUCCAGAAUAUCCAUUUAAACCUCCAGGAAUCAGCAUGACCACUCCCAAUGGGCGGUUUAUGACCCAAAAGAAGAUCUGUCUGUCGAUAAGUGAUUUCCAUCCAGAAAGUUGGAACCCGAUGUGGUCGGUGUCAAGCAUCCUGACGGGGCUCCUCUCCUUCAUGAUGGACAACAGUCCCACCACCGGUAGUGUAAAUACUACUGUUGCUGAGAAGCAACGGCUUGCAAAGGCAUCUCUGGCCUUCAAUUGUAGAAACGCAACAUUCAGGAAAUUGUUCCCGGAAUAUGUGGAGAAGUAUGAAGAGCAGCGGCUGUGCGAGCAGCCUGUUGUAGAAGCGCAAGAAAGUACACAAGGUUUGAUAGAGAAGAGAGAGGAGGCAAAGAGAGUAGAAACCCCAAAGGAAGAAAUAAGACAAGCAAGGAAAGCGUCAUUCCCAACUUGGAUGCUGCUGUUGCUAGUUUCGUUUGUUGGUCUUGUAAUGGCUUUGCCUCUGCUGCAACUUUGAUGUUCUUGAUGGUGAUAUAAUUACUAACUUAAAAGGGUGUGUUAAAAAUGCUAAGUCUGGAUAUGUUUAAUCCUUGAAUUGUUGGGAUUUUGGUUGUCUAUAUCUAUGAUACGUAUGCAGCAUCAUAUCUCCUGCUGUGUUUUGAAUCUA